AUGAAGAAUAAAGUGGAAUCUCGGGCUAAUUUGCCUUCAGCUGACCUGUGGCGUUGUUUCAACUGUCUUAUAAAGAUGCGCGAAUAUGUACAUAAUAAUAAGCUCACUACUUCUGUACUUCAUAAUCGACUUAAAAAAAGUACAUCGAACGAUGAACUUAUCCAACAAAUCAUAAAUUUUGCGAAAACUGAACAAGAAAACAAGCUUGAAAUUGCUAAUGCUCCAUCAAAGUUUGCGCCGUUUCGAUCCUUAAAUUGUCGGCUUCAAAUCACGGUAGUAUCUUGUUGUACUUUCCUUGUCUCAUAA